CCUCCCCCCGCCCGGCGCGCGUUGGUACGGCCCCGCCGCGGCACCGCCCCUGUCCCUGCGCCGCUUCCGCCUUUCCGCCCCGCGCCGCCCGCCAUGGCCAAGAUCAAGGCCCGAGACCUGCGCGGGAAGAAGAAGGAGGAGCUGCUGAAGCAGCUGGAGGAUCUGAAGGUGGAGCUGUCGCAGCUGCGCGUGGCCAAAGUGACCGGCGGGGCCGCGUCCAAGCUGUCCAAGAUCCGUGUGGUGCGCAAAUCCAUCGCCAGAGUGUUGACUGUCAUCAACCAGACCCAGAAGGAGAACUUGAGGAAGUUCUACAAGGGCAAGAAGUACAAGCCCCUGGACCUGCGGCCCAAGAAGACGCGGGCCAUGCGGCGCAGGCUCAACAAGCACGAGGAGAACCUGAAGACCAAGAAGCAGCAGAGAAAGGAACGAUUGUACCCGGCCAGGAAAUUCGCCAUCAAGGCAUAGCCCUGAGCCAGCUGCACUCCGGGCUGGCCUGGCUCAUUAAAUGCAGUCUGGAUUGAAA